GGAUGUUUCCGGUAUGUCCGUUGUUCGACAGAUCAGGACGGAUCCUCGCUUUCAGUGACUGUUAGAUGGCCCAGCUGUGCGCUGAGGUAGAAUGGGACAGAGUACAUCGGGCCCAGAGUCUGCAGAGCUUCUAGAGCAACAGGAGGGAUUUGGAACCAUUAAGUCUUUAGUGGAGGAUCAGUUACAGACAAGCAUGGUGGUGGGAAUCGUGAUCGGCGCUGGCGUCACCAUCGUUCUCAUCGCUGUCCUCAUAUUUUUUGUCCUCCGCAGGAUCAAGCUCCGCCAACUUGAGGCUCAGGAAGCACCGAAGUAUCGUUUUCGUAAAAGAGACAAAGUCUUGUUUUAUGGGAGAAAGAUUAUGAGGAAAGUGUCUGAGUCAACCUCCUCUCUUGUGGGCUCCACCUCCUCCUCCAGACCCCGGCUCAAAAAGAAACAAAAGAUGCUGAACAUUGCCAAAAAGAUCCUGCGCUUUAAGAAGGAAGUGCCCACUUUGCAGAUGAAGGAGCCUCCUCCCUCAGUGCUGGAGGCAGAUCUCACAGAGUUUGACGUGGCCAAUUCUCACCUGCCAUCUGAAGUGCUCUAUAUGCUCAAGAAUGUCCGUGUGUUGGGUCACUUUGAGAAGCCAUUGUUUCUGGAGCUGUGUAAGCACAUGGUGUUUCUACAGUUCCAGCAAGGUGAAUAUGUCUUCAGACCCGGUCAGCCUGACAGCAGUAUUUAUGUGGUACAGGAUGGCAAGCUGGAGUUAUGUCUUACUGGACAGGAUGGGAAGGAUGGAGUGGUCAAAGAGGUUUUCCCUGGAGACAGUGUUCACAGUCUGCUAAGCAUCCUUGAUGUCAUCACAGGUCACCAGCGACCAUAUAAGACCGUGUCAGCGAGAGCAGCAGAAGUGUCCACUGUCCUCAGACUGCCUGUGGAUGCCUUCCUGUCCAUCUUUGAGAAAUACCCUGAAAGCCUUGUGCGAGUUGUGCAGAUCAUCAUGGUGCGUCUUCAGAGAGUGACAGUUCUGGCCCUGCACAACUACCUGGGGCUCACCAAUGAACUCUUCAGCCAUGACAUGCAGCCUCGUUCCUCUCCUGUCUCUCCUCAUCCAACACGUUCUAGCCCCGUACGACACAGCAAACGGUUCGGCAGCCUCACUGUCCCUGACAAACACCGUGAGGCUGCAGUCCGAGAUGCUACAUUUGGGGAUAAUGGCAAGGAUGGCGGCACAAUCCCGACUCUCAGCAGGACUAUAUCCAUGCCUGUAGACAUUGCAGGCAUGCAGAAGAGUCUACGUUCAGAUUUUGACAUGGCUUAUGAGAGAGGCCGUAUCUCUGUAUCUGCUGAGGAUGGCGCACCUACCCUACCCGCUUUCACACGAGAUCAACGGGAGAGGAAGGUGACUGUGGAUGAGGUUCCAUCAGGUGUGUAUCUGUAUCCUGAGGAAGAGUCAGGAAUGGAGAACGUUUAUGGCCAGUUUCCAGGGGGACCUAAUAUCACACUGUUCGAGGAGGCACAGAAAGAGAUUCUUAGGCUUAUGAAGAUUGAGGACCCUGCGCUUCUCAAUGGAAGAGUGACGCUUCAUCAUGCUAAAGCUGGAUCUGUGUUAGCCCGACAGGGAGACCAGGAUGUGAGUCUGCAUUUUGUCCUCUCAGGCUGUCUUCAUGUCUACCAGAAAAUGAUUGACAAGCAGGAGGCGGUGUGUCUGUUUGUGACCCAGCCGGGUGAGAUGGUGGGUCAGCUGGCUGUGCUGACAGGAGAGCCGCUCAUCUUCACUAUCAAAGCAGAGAAAGACUGCACCUUCCUGAAGAUCUCCAAAUCCGACUUUUAUGAGAUCAUGCGCGAGCAGCCGAGUGUAGUUCUCAGCGCAGCUCACACUGUUGCUAUUCGUAUGUCCCCAUUCGUUCGGCAAAUGGAUUUCGCCAUAGACUGGAUGGCUGUGGAGGCAGGACGUGCCCUGUACCGGCAGGACGAUCAGUCUGAUUGUACCUACAUUGUACUGAAUGGACGAUUGCGUUCUGUCAUUCGGAAAGCCAAUGGGAAGAAGGAGCUAGUCGGGGAGUAUGGACGAGGAGAUCUCAUUGGAGUGGUGGAAGCUUUGACACGGCAGCCACGUGCCACCACAGUCCAUGCAGUCAGAGACACUGAGCUAGUGAAGCUUCCAGAGGGAACGCUCAACAAUAUAAAGAGAAGAUACCCACAGGUGGUGACCCGCUUGAUCCAUCUACUGGGGCAGAAGAUUCUGGGAAACCUUCAACAGCCCCGUGGACCUUUUUCAAGCUCUGCUCUGGGUCUGCCCAGCAUGGCGUCCAGUCCAGAUGUCACUAACCCAGCCAGUAAUCUCUCCACUGUGGCGGUACUUCCUAUUUGUGAUGAGGUGCCAAUCAAUGCCUUCAAUUUGGAGCUUAGCCACGCCCUCAGUGCCAUAGGACCUACCCUGCUUCUAACCAGUGACAUCAUCAAAGAGAGACUCGGGGCUUCAGCUUUGGACAGUAUUCAUGAGUACAGGUUAUCAGGUUGGCUUGCUCAGCAGGAGGACAUUAAUCGUAUAGUGCUGUAUCAGACAGACAGCAGUAUGACUCCAUGGACGCAGCGCUGUAUCAGACAAGCUGACUGCAUCCUCAUUGUGGGGCUUGGGGACCAGGAACCUGCACCCGGAGAGUUGGAGCAGAUGUUGGAGAACACAGCAGUGCGGGCCCUGAAGCAGUUAGUUCUGUUGCAUCGUGAGGAUGGGCCGGGCCCCUCUAGAACCGUCGAAUGGCUGAACAUGCGAAGCUGGUGCUCUGGACACCUUCACCUGAAGUGUCCCCGUAGAGUGUUCUCACGAAGAGGCCCCUCCAAACUGAGAGAGGUGUAUGAAAAGGUCUUUGAGAAGACUGCAGACACACACAGUGAUUUCUCUCGGCUGGCCAGAGUGCUCACAGGAAACAGCAUUGCCCUUGUGCUGGGGGGAGGCGGAGCCAGGGGAUGCUCUCAUGUGGGAGUAAUCAAAGCCAUGGAGGAUGCAGGAAUUCCUAUUGACAUAGUGGGAGGAACAUCCAUUGGCUCGUUCAUUGCUGCUCUUUAUGCAGAGGAGAGAAGUGCUGUUCGGGUCAAGCAGAGGGCAAGAGAGUGGUCCAAGGCGAUGAAUUCUGUAUUCAAAACAGUACUGGAUCUGACGUAUCCAAUCACAUCCAUGUUCUCUGGCUCUGCCUUCAACACUAGCAUCUCCAAAGUGUUUGAGGAGAAACAAAUUGAGGACUUGUGGCUGCCUUACUUUAACGUGACCACAGACAUCACAGCUUCUGCAAUGCGGGUUCAUAAAGAUGGCUCCCUGUGGCGUUAUGUCAGGGCGAGCAUGACUCUUUCCGGGUACCUGCCACCCCUCUGUGACCCCAAAGAUGGAAACCUGCUCAUGGAUGGAGGAUACAUCAACAACCUGCCAGCGGACAUUGCUCGUAACAUGGGCACAAAAACGGUCAUCGCCAUUGAUGUCGGCAGCCAAGAUGAGACUGAUCUGUGCAACUACGGUGACUGUCUUUCUGGCUGGUGGCUGCUAUGGAAACGACUCAACCCGUGGGCAGAGAAAGUGAAGGUGCCUGACAUGGCAGAAAUCCAGUCCCGUUUGGCCUACGUAUCCUGUGUACGGCAGCUGGAGUUGGUCAAAAAGAGUGCAUACUGCGAGUACAUUCGCCCACCUAUCGACCGCUUUAAGACCAUGGACUUCGGAAAAUUUGAUGAAAUCUAUGAUGUGGGUUACCAGUAUGGUAAAUUGGUGUUUACUGAGUGGGCUCGUGGUGACAUCAUUGAAAACAUGCUGAAAGACCAUCGAUCAGCAGACUAUAAUGACAGCAAGAAAAAUGAUUCCUGCACAUGUCCUAGCGCAGAUUUUACUGAUCUAGCCGAGAUUGUAUCCAGGAUUGAGCCGGUGCAGAGCUACUUGGGAGCCGAUGCAGAAGAGUCAGACUAUGCAACGGAAUAUGAGGAGGAUGGGAUGGACCCAGUGAGAGAGGAGGAGGGUGAAGAAGAGGAGGAGGAGGAGGAGGCUGAAGACCUUGAGGACAAUUCUCCUGGAGAAUGGGGACCAAACGGGGCUUUUACAACGGACGAAGAGAAGACGGUCCGUCAGAGGAGGAGAAUUGCCAGGGACUCCAACAUCUUCUCUGAAGUUUCAGACUGCUGAAAAGAAAGUAAUGCAAGGUCUAGAUGUCAAAGAGAACUGGAAAGAGAAGUAGGUUCCUACCAGGGGCUGAAGAGUAUAAAAAUGGGCACAGAAGACUUCUGAACUAAUGCAUUUGUUGGGAAGUCACCAAAGAUAUUGAUACAGACUCAUUAAUACGACAUUAUCCACUACUUGUCACUAAAACGUUGUCUCCCUCUAUUGUCGUUUUGCCAUUUUGAAUUUUUUCUCAAGACUUUGCAAGGGUCCAGGGACUGUGGGCAUUCACCAAGACAGUUAAGGACCCACAUAAACAGGGAACAACUUCUUGAGAGACUGUGCCAGUGAAAUGAGGGAUUCUACCUCUUUUUUGUUGUUUUGGUGAGAGAGUGUUCUGAUAAUAAUAUCUAUGGCCAGUAUACCACUAUACUUAUGUCAGAGUUCCCUGGGAUUUUGCAAUGCAGUUUUCCAGUCAUGGACAAUUUGAAAAAUACCUAAAUGUCCUGGAAAAUAAUGAUUUGUCCUGGAAAACCUUUAAAACUUUUUGACCCUGUUGCUAACAAGUUUUUUUGUUACAUGUACAAAAACAUCGUAAUGAUUCAGACUCGGAAAAGGAGCCAAAUAUACAAAUAUGUGUCGUUUUGUCACUGCUGCCGACUGCGCAUUGUGAAACAACGUCAUAAAGGUUCAUCAUAUACAAAUCCCAGUCACGGACAUUCUGUGCUCAUCUGCUGUCAUCUCUGCUUUGCUAAGUAUUGAUAUAGUGCAAAAUACUAUAAAAUUGAUCUAAACAAAAUAUAGUUUUUUCAUUCCAUUUCAUUUUUGUUACCCAAAAACAUUUGAGUUAUAAACUUUAGACAACAAUGAUGGUCGGACCACACAUUUUAUUUAUUUAUUAAGUCACACCCUGGGAUGUUAUCAUGGUGAUUCUGCAUUAAUACCUCAGGAUGUGAAUACAUUUUCAAUAAUUCACUGAUCGGAGUCUGCUUAUACUGCGGUUACCACAUGUUGUAUGCAGAAAACCUGGGCGCAUUCUUGUCAUAAAAUGGCAUUAGCUAUAAAUGGCAUUAGCUAUAAAACGCAGAAUGUCAUGGAAUUUUACAUAUUUGGAAGAAAAUGAAUUGAAUCAAAAUUAAAAUUGCAAUAUGUCCUAGUGUGAUAAUUAAUAGGGAUGCACCGAUUUAUCUGUUGACUGCCAUUGGCCUAUCUGCAAAUAUGAUGUCAUCACCGAUGGCAGUGGCCGAUGUUUAUCUGUUUAUAUGCGUUGGUUAUUUGCGGUGGACUUGGACAAAAGUUGCCUAACCAGCUGCAGAUUCGGAGAAGAUCCAACAGGUGGUACUAUAAUACCAACACCAACGAGUUCAAUUCUGGUGACUUUGAGAUAAGAAUUUAUUUAUUUUCUCGAGUAUAAGUAGCAUUCAUGGCUAAGCAUUUCUUACAGUAACUGUUCAGACAGACGCAUUUUCGCGCUAAAAAAGAAAAUGGCACCACAACGAAUAGAGCAGAACGCAGGAGUCUCGAGACGCGCUUAUAUCAGUUGAAGACAUUUUUUCUAACUUGACACGGCGUCUAAAAAUGCUGCGCUCCCGCGAGAGAUGCUAAAAGCACAGCGAAACAUGAUGUCAAAAGACAUCCAUCUUGGAAUGUUUACAAGGAAGACGAUUGAAAAACAGCGCAAGCAGACGCAAAAACACGUUCAGUCUGAACAGCCCCUUGUUCACAUGACACAGCACUAGCUGAAGUUUCUCAAAGUUACCUCUCAAAA